AUGAACGCACAGACAGGAUUCUGGUUUCCGUCCAUGAAAGUCAGCGAGAUUUCUCGCGCUUUGGACGAGUGGGGGCUACGCAUUUCCGAAGACCAACUUCAACGACCAACAACCGAUGUCGUCCAAGCUAUCUAUCUCCUUUUCGUCCAGCAAGUCACUGGUAUUACUCCGGAGAUGCUUGAAGAGCCUACCAGCAGAGCCCUCGCAUCAGUCGAGGAAUUCCCUGAGCUAUAUGCCAAUAGCUUGAAUCUAAACCUCGUCCUGCACCACGUCCAACGAUUAGCACAUAUGGCGCGUGUUCAAGACUUCUCCAUGCGCGACCUUGUCUUCCCCGAACCUGAGCGCACUCGGAAUAUCCUAUCCGCUAUUAUCAACUUCAUCAAGUUCGCGGAGGAACGCGCUCCGUUUCUGAAGAAACUGCGUGACCGGUCUGUUUCGGCUUUGUCAGAGAAGGAACGCACGGCGCAGAGGGUGGCAGAACUUAAACAGAAAAUUGAUGAAAUACAAAAACAACGAGAAAAGGACGAGCCACGGUUCAAAGCUCUGAAACAAGAAAACGAGCAGUUGGAGAAGGUGAUAGAGGCAGUCGUUCUCGCAAAGCAUGAGGUGGCUCGUGAAGUAGAUAUGCGAAAGAAAGAGAAGAGCGUGCUAAAUCGUCAGAGAGAGGGCAUUAUCCGCGAAGUUGAACUCGUAACCAGCGCGAUCAACUCAGCGCGUGGGCGUAUAGUUCAAUCACCGGAUCGUAUAAGGAAACAUAUCAGCGAGAUGGCUAUACUGGCACAGAAUGAACGCGCUCUUAUUGCUGGUACCGAAUCAAAGACGCGUGAAUUGAAAAUCAAACUGGAUGCAUUAAGUGUUUUUGAGCAGGAUAUGAAGAAACUCGUCGAUGACUUGCGUUCCAUCCAAGCCGAUCACAACCAAGCCAUGACGAUUCAGCACAGACUCCAGUCGUACCGAGAGGAGCUUGAUCGAAAAAUCAUUAUGCGCGAGCAGUUGCUUGGGCGUGCUGAUCGAGCGAAAAGACAGCUUAAUAAUGCUUUGGAGAAGUUCGCGCGAGCACAACAACAUGCAGAAGAGCGGCGAGUGCGUUCGGUGGAAGAACUUGAACGGUUACGGCGUGACUACAGCGAGAUGGCGGAGGAACGCAAGGAGAAUGACAAGCUUGUGGAGGAGACGAAGCAGGAGGCUGACGCGGUUGAGCGAAAGAUGAAAGAGCAUUUACGGAAGAACGAGGCCGAACUCGGCGAGUUACUGAGCGAGUACUGGAGGCUACGGCAUCAAACCGAGGUAUAUAUGGAGACCCUAGCGGAGAAACUGGGCAUGAAUAUAUCGUAGACUGUGUA